UCUUGUUUAUAAAGACAAAACAUCGUGUAUUUAUUAAAUUUCAUCUGAAUUAAAUUCGUUUUUAGCUACCUAUUUAACAAAGAAACUGUUGUAUAAUCAACGGCAUAAGUUCCGUGAAAAUCUAAUCUUUUUAUUUCCAAAUACUCACCGGAAAAAUGUUUCGUUCAAAAUCUAACUUUGAAAAAGUCUUCGAGAAAGCUACAAGCAACCUUCUAUUAGAACCUGACCUGGACAGUAUGCUUCAAUUAUGUGAUAUGAUUAGAGGGGGCGAUGUUAAAGUUAGAGAAGCUGCAGCAUUGAUUAAGAUGAGAGUGAUUGAAGAACCAAACCCUCAUGUUCAACUAUUCGCUAUUCAUGUGAUGGACACAGUGAUGAAGAAUUGUGGAGAUGAAAUUCAUAAAUGCAUCAUUACUGAGAGUUAUUUGGAAAAGUUGAAAGAUCUUGUUAAGACAACAAAAGCUGAAACAAUAAAGACAAAGUUACUGGACAUGAUACAAGCAUGGGGUGUUGGCUUCAAACAAAGCAAGGAUUACAAAAUAUCAGCCGAUCUUUACAAUAUUAUGAAAGCUGAAGGUUACAAGUUUCCACCAAUGACAGACACCGCUGAUAUGUUUAAAUCAGAAAAGGCACCAACCUGGAGUGAUGGAGAUGAAUGUAUGAAGUGUAAAGCUGAGUUUGGUGUGAUUCAACGCAAGCAUCACUGUCGAGCAUGCGGGGGUGUCUUCUGCAGCAAAUGUACGAGCAAACAAGCGAUUAUUCCCAAGUUUGGAAUUGAGAAGGAAGUCCGUGUGUGUGAUAGUUGUUAUGAUAGCUUGACCAAGAAAAGUAAAUCUGGUUCAGCAGAUGAUGAAUUACCAGCUGAAUAUCUUAACAGUUCGCUGGCUAAACAAAGUCAGGAGCCUCCACCUCGAGAUGAAGCUGCAUUGAAGGAAGAGGAAGAAUUACAACUCGCUCUCGCGUUAUCCAUGGAUGAACAAACCAACAGGGAUCGAAUCAGGAGCGAACAGAUCAACAACAGUGUGUAUGGGAGUGUUGUUAAACCUUCAACACCACCUGCCCAACCCCAUGUUGUGGAUGCAGAAGUGGAUCCUGAUCUUGCUCGUUACCUCAAUCGAUCAGCGUGGGAGAAGAAGAAGAGUGAACAGGAUAAACAGAAACGGAACAACAAAAGCAAUGAGAAGGUUACCACCACCACCACCACUACUACCAGUAAUAAGGUUAUAGAAGAUACUGAUGUUGUUGUUGUUAGUGAAGAAAGUAAAGUGGAAGUUCAAAAACAAGAAGAGAGUUUACAGAAUGGAGGGGUGAAUGAUAACGAGGAAUUUCUCAACAAUCUUCGAACCAGUGUUGAGAUAUUCACCAACCGAAUGCGAUCGAAUAAAAUGCGAGGACGAUCGAUAGCGAAUGAUUCAGCUGUACAAGGAUUGUUUCAAAGCAUCAACAACAUGCAUCCAUUGCUUAUGAAGACAAUGAAUGAAUUGGAAGAAAAAAGAUUGCAACAAGAAGCAUUGCAAGAUAAGUUGGUUCAAUUACGCGAUGCACGAGCUGCGUUGGAUGCCUUGCGGGCCGACCACGCACGUAAGGUCAGACAAGCUGCUGAGGAAGCUGAGAGACAACGCCAGAUACAAAUGGCUCAUAAACUUGAACUUAUGAGACAGAAGAAACAGGAAUACCUCGCAUACCAAAGGCAGAUGGCAUUACAAAGAAUGGAAGAACAAGAAGCAGCACGCCACGCUAGGUUGGAACAACAUAAACAAUUCAUUCAACAGCGAGCCAUGCAACCAUCUAUGUUAGUCGCCGGGUAUAAUACACAGCAACUACCACAACAACCUGAAGCUGUACCAGAAUUCAACCAAGGUGGAGGUGGUUACAUGUAUUCUAAUUAUCCACAACAUACAAACCAACAACAUUAUCAACAAAACAUGAGUCAGCCAUACGUUGCACAACAACUACCAAACAACUAUCAACAUCAACAAAUGCCGUAUCAACAAAAUCAAGCUUAUGAUCAACAAACUUAUCAACAGGUGGAUAGUAACCAUGGCAACCAACAAUUAGACACAUACAACAUGACAACAAUGGCUGGCACUUUACCCAACCCUAACAUGACAGGUGGAAUACCACAACAACAGCAGGUGAUCGCAACAGCUCCACCACAAACACCACAACCAACAAAUCAACAGAUGACGUAUUCGUUACCGCACGAUCAACAACAAUUCUAUCAACAACAACAACCACAACAGCAACAGCAACAACAACAACCACAGGAUGUAGGAAACGAACGUAACCAAAAUUUGUUGAUAUCGUUUGACUAAUGCUUGGUGCAAUAUAUAUAUACAUGGUGUGUUUGCAUAUAGUAUGUGUUGUAAUCAUUGUAAAUGUAAUCAAUGUGUGUUUAUGUAAAGUAUAUAUGGUCUCAAAGUCAUGGUCCCAGUGUGAUAAAAGCAAUUGGUUAUAUUUCUCAUCAAUUAUUAAAGGUAUCACUGAAAAUAUCA